AUGGCUCUGUCUCAGAUUAUGUGUUUGGAUGACAGUUACAUCAAUUUGUGCACCAAUGAGUCCAAGCCGGAUUUCUUCUACAGUGAGGACCAAAGGCUUGCGCUGGAAACACUUAUAAAUGAUGGCCAAGAAAGGUUUGAAGAGUACGUAAAAACUAACAGUAUUCGUCCAUUUCUAUCUGAACUGGAACUCGUUCAGUUGAACAGAUCCGUGGAACUGUACACCUGUAAUGGGGACAGUGACGCAGCGGAGUUAUCUCUCCGGUACUGGCCAGAACGUUCCGAUUACUCGCUCCCAGAUCUGGACAUAGGGUGGCCAACUUCCACAUCCGUGUCCCGUGUGACCCGUGUCAACGUGUACGCACAACCGCCUUUGGAGGGUCAGACACAUAUUAAAGAGAUUAUAAGAAAGAUGAUAGUUCAAGCGCAAAAGGUCAUUGCUAUUGUCAUGGACUUAUUUACAGACCUUGACAUCUUUAAAGAUCUCUUGGAUGUGAGCUUCAAGCAUAAAGUGGCUGUAUACAUCAUGCUGGAGUCUGCUGGAGUCCCACACUUCCUGAAAAUGUGUGAGAAAGCAGCAAUGCACACAGGACACCUCAAGAAAUUGAGGGUGCGCAGUAUCAGAGGAAUAGAGUUUUUCACACACACAUCAAAGAAAGUGUGUGGAAGCCAAAGUCAAAAGUUCAUGUUUGUUGAUGGAGACAAAGCAGUGUCAGGGUCCUACAGUUUCACAUGGACUGCCUCCAAACUAGACAGAAACAUAAUCACUGUGCUUUCAGGUCAAGCCAUGGAUGCAUUUGAUAAAUUGUUCAAGGACAUGUAUGUGAUGUCUAAUGCUGUAAACCUACACAAGAUUAAUCUGGACACAGAGCCCAAGCCAGAACCAGCCUUUCAGACAGCACCUGUUCUCUUGCCUUCUGCCACCGUUGCCCUGAAGCUCAUCAACCCAAAAUAUGCUCUGGUUUGCAGCAACCACACACCUUCUAAAAAGGACACAGCCAAGAUUGAAAGCUUUAAACAUGAAAGCGUGCCAGAGGUUCCACUAAUUCAUCCUGGACUACUACACCUGGAAAAGGUCAACAUGAUCGACUACCUACCUAUUUGGCCUAUGCCUGAUCCACGAAGUGAUGUCAUUGGCUUCAUAAAUAUAAAACACUACAAUAAACCACAACAAGCCCACCUCAUGCAUUCAGAGUUCUUUGAGGUCUCAAAGGCAAUCCAAUUCAAGGACCCCUUCCACAUACCAGAGGAGAGCCUGCCUGAAAGAGCUGGUGCCAGAACUGCACUCGAGUACCUCUCUCCUGCUGUUGUACUAGUUAAUGAACAGCAUCCUCAAACUGUACCAGUGGAAAAGAAUACAUAUGGUAAAAUUUUGAACAAAUGCAACUUACACCUAGCAGCCAAAAAGUAGUGUCUGAGCUUCUGUCACGUACUCCUAAGAGUAGAUAAGCUCAGAACAAUGUCAAAGAUAUGAGGCACAUGACAUGGAAAAGCACAUGGACUCCUUAGCUGAGCAGGGAGCAGAAAUUCAUGCUUUGAGUCAGAGCUUUAGGGAAAAAGUCGCAGCCAGCUUGAGUUGUCUAUUGUGUACAGAUUCCCUAAUAUUAGUGAAUCCACCAUUAUGUUAUGAAACAUUGUCUUUUAGUGUUGCAUGUAAACCAUCUUCACCAGCACCCAAAGUAACUCAUACCUUGUUUGCAUACUCUGAAGCUACUUCAGUCAGCCAAACCUGUAACAAGGCUACAGAGCCUAUCACCAGUAAAACAGCUGUCAAAGACAAUCAGAGACAAAAUUUAAAGGUCUAGAACCAACUGACAUGAAUGAAACAGAUAGUAGAGAUUUGUAUCAUGCCAAGACUCCUAAUCAUGACUCCAGUUGUUCCUCCAUGUCAGAGGAAUACUUUGAGUGCAGUGACUCUCAUACUGAUUCUGGAUUUGAAGGCAUGGCUAAAGGAAUGCAGCUCAGCUGCGGGCUUUCAGAGAAGAACUGGGGCCUAGAUGACUCUCAUAUCACUGGCACAUGUUGCAUGUCCUCUGUAGCACUGCAGCUCCAGCAUUGCAAAGACAUGACUAUAACAGCUACCACAUGUAAGCAGGAGUCAAGACAUGAGAGCUUCAGAGAAAUGGAGGAUGCUCAGCACCACCUUGGAUCACAGGAGCAAUGCGAAUACCAAGAGAUGAGAGUGAUGAUGAUUCACAAGCACUUAGAGCUUGAGGGAGCAGCAGCAGUUCUAGCAAACAAAACUGAUGGACUGUCUGAUCCGGUUUACAAAGCUGACAAGCAGCAAAUUCCAGUAACAGAUGCUAGUGCACAACUAGGAUCAGAAAGCAAAUGACUUGGGAGCACACUGAAAGAUAAGAUUGACACACGAGUAGAAUCUGAGAAUAAGGCAAAAUGCCGGGAUGUGAAGGUUGAAAAACUGCCUCUACACAAAUUAGCAGCUGAACCAUAUUCAGGAGUAAACAAUAUGGUUUGUUUCAAAUCCAAGGAAGUGAUAGUGAUAAAUCACAUAUACCAGAAAACAGAACACAUAUAGUGCUACAGGAUAAAGAACCUGCACCUGUUACAGCAGUGCAGGAAAGUUCCAAGGCUCAGCCCAUAAUGUCUUCGGAAGCAGUGAAUGUACAGAUAAAGCCCAUACUCCACUCAGGAUUCAAUUACAUAUCAGACCAUAAAUCUGCAGUUCUGGUGAAUGAUGUCAAGCAUCCCAAAGGCCAGGAGGAAGGGACUGCUAUCCACAUGCUUUUCAAGAGCAACACCAGUGCUAAAAGACUGCAUGAAGAGAAUUCCAAACCUCCCACCAACACUUGGUUUAGUGAAAACACUGAAAACACUGGCUGGAAUAAAUGCCAGUGCAGACACAUGUUCUUCAAUAAAGAAGCAAACAUCCUCCUCAAAUGUGUUCGGAAAGGAUGAACCACUACUGGAAUGUACUUGUCAUGAGAAUAAUAACCAGUCUGAGGCAAAACGCAACUUAAUGCAAGAUAAAAGGAAGGUAAGAAUUCCUUUUUAAAUCAAGCUAAUUACUAAAUUAGCUUAUUUUUAAAAUAAUAACUAAAUUAAUGUAAGUCAUGAUACAAAUUGUGACAGCAGUACACAACUAAAACCAGAAAUGUCUCACUCAAACUUGGUGUACUAUUUCUCACAGCUAUACCAAGCCUCACCUAAACCUAUUCCAAUACCACAAGAAGCCAGGGGUCAUUCAUUUAAAUCUGUUGACAAACUGCAAGCCAGUAAUCAUUCUACAAAGCCAGCUGCCUCCACGCUUGGAGCCCUGAAAUAUACACAUAGAAAGCAGCUAGUGAGGAACAGGGCAGAUCAGCUUUCCCCUAGUCACACAGCUCUGUUUCGGUCAAGCCAAGCUCAUCUUGGACAUGCUCUGGCUCGCUCGGGCCAUUGCAGCUCUCACCAAACACAGCCUCGGGCUCAGCUGGACAGAACCAGACCCUUACAAUAGGGCAACCCAGGUCUGGACAAUGCUGCACACUCACAGCAGAGAAUACCCCUUCCUCUUCUGGUGCAUUUCCAAAAAGAAGCUUAAAGGACAAAACUACAGGAUCUUCUCAAAGCAAUCAAAAGGUAACUCAGAGCAUUAAGGGCAAAGAACAAGAAUAAUAAUUUGAAUGUGGCAGGUGCUUUAAAAAUGUCCUUCUAAGUACUUUUGUUGGUUUGUUUGUUUUGUUUUUUUUAUCAGUCAUGGGUUUGCAUUUACUCCACAAAGUUGCUAUGAAACCCAUACAAAAUAUGAAAACAUGCUGCUUGUUAUGCCCAAAGCUAGAAAUGUUGGGGCCAUCUUUCUUCUGGCUAAGGCUCUAACACAGACCAAAAUGUGGAGAAACUGCUUGUGACAUGAAUGUGAUUCUUCUCCUCUCAGUGCACUUGAACCCAGAACCUUCCUCUGCUUCCCAGCACAGGUUUUCAUAGCACCUUCUCUUGCAAAUUAGACUUAUAUUUGCAUCACCCAGCAAGAGCUGUAUGAUUGGCCCUAUGAUUAACCAUUUAUAUGGAAAUGUGUAGUGCCUUGGAAAUAAACAGUGCAAUACUCUGUGCUGUGACUUGAAUGUAAACAACCAGAAGCCUUAUUAAAUUACUGCACAUGCAGAUUCACCUAACAAAUUGUAAUGUGUUUACAUGGUUUGAUCAUGGACAACUAGGAAUGAAACAUAUGCUGAAGAUGCAAAAGGAGUCCAACUGCUGAAUCAUUUUCACUUUUUGCAGUGAUGAAGGACUGUAAUGUGUGGGAACAAGCUCACAUAUCAGAGCUUUGUGACUAUAUACCUAAUUACAAACAGUACAUAGAUACAUGCUCUUACUUAUGACAAAGCCUAAAGAGGGUAACAGAGCAAUUGAUAUAUCAUAUGGUAAUGACUUGGUUAGCCAUUUAGUGGUACACUUGGCUGCACGGUGUCUAGAGCUAUGGGUGGACGCUGUCUCAGCAGCAUUUUCUCCACAAAAACAGCCACACACAGUGAGGCUUUGUACCAACUACACAUUACUCCUUGUUCAAAACAUAACACAAAAUAUUGCAGUGUUUGGGGGGCAUUUUUGGGCAACAAUGAUCAAUUCACAUAUACUCCCAUAAGGACCUAUAUGAUCUUUAUGCAUAUACAGCAAGCAAAUUUGUUAUAAAAGCGGCCUCAGGCAAAUUCCUGCAGCAAGAGGAGCUGUGACAAACCAUUAGAGAGAAGAGCAAGACAAACUAUUACAUUCAGCUCAACUCAGCUGUUG